AUGUUCAAACCACACGUCGGAGGAAACUUGGAGAGGUACACGGGGAGUCUUACCCGCAACGGCAUUCACAGCAUCCAGACACUAUGGGACUUUCACGGCCACAGCGUUUCAUCUCACCUCGGGCUCAGACAUGUACACCUAUGGGAGAGGAAUGAAAACCCUGGGCCGAGGGUACUUAUCCAAGCGGUCUUGUGCUGUAUGAAACACACACACACACACGCGAAAACUCUCCGAGCGGAUCCCAAGUUCUACAUGCAUGUUCAACGCGAGGAAGAAGAAACAGGCCAUGAGUGA